AUUGUGUUGCAUCUUUGUUUCAUAAGUGCUGAGCUCUCACACUUUCUCAUGAAAUGGGUUCAUUGCGCAUGAAGCAAUUUUCAGCCCUCCUGUGGAAAAAUUCCCUUUUGAAGAGGCGGAACGUGGUUGGCUUAGUGGUGGAAAUCACCUUGAUAUUUCUGUUGUUUGUGUGGACUUUGACUAUGCGCAGAAUUUCAAAGAAGAAAUUUGUUCAGGCUGUGACUUUUAUUCCUAUCCCCCUGAAAUUACCCACGUUCCUUAAUAAAAAUUUUGAAUAUGAAUUGGCUUAUGUGCCUUCUGAAAGUGAUGCGGCAAGAAAUAUUACAGAGAUGGUGAAAAAAGAUUUAAAUUUCAACUUUACAGUUCGAGGCUUUUCUUCAGAAAAAUCUUUUGAGAAAUACAUUAAGUAUGAAAACACAUCUGCAUAUGUGCUGGCUGCCAUUGUGUUUGAUCACGUGUUCAAAACCAAUGAUGAACGAUUACCACUUCAGGUAAAAUAUAAUUUGCGCUUUGGUCGUCUCUAUAAUCCUUAUAAUCCCUUCAGUCCGUCUAAGAAAAAGAGAGCAAAGAACUGGAACACAUCGACUCUCUUCCCACCUGUGCCCUCUCUAGGACCCCGGAACUUACUUCAACACGAUGGGGGGGACCCUGGAUACAUCAGAGAAGGAUUUCUUGUUGUGCAACAUUCUUUAGAUAAGGCCAUCAUGGUGUAUCAUAGUGGCAGAGCGGCUGAAGACAUGUUUGCUAAUACCACCAUUUAUGCAAACAGAUUCCCAUACCCUGCUUUCACCGAUGACAAAUUCUUGUGGUCUUUCAUAUCCAUGUUUCCGUGGACAAUUUUAUUUACAUUUACUCAAAUGGCACUUGUCAUUGUUGGGACCAUUAUGAUGGAAAAGGAAAAGCGAUUAAAGGAAUACCAGCUCAUGGUGGGACUCAGUAAUGCUAUGCUCUGGGUUUCGUAUUUCGUCACCUUCUUAUUGAUGUAUUUGAUUAUCAUCUUUUUGCUGUGUGGAAUUUUAUUUCUCAAGAUUACACACGAGAGAGUCUUUCAACACAGCGACCCACUGUUCAUUGCCUUCUAUUUCCUGUGUUUUGCCAUCUCCUCAGUGUUACUUGGCUUCAUGAUCAGCACACUCUUUAAUAAAGCGUCUCUGGCCUCUUCCAUUGCGGGUUUCCUCCACUUUCUCACGUUCUUGCCUUACUUAAUCAUAGUUAAGAAGUAUGGUCAGACAAGCCUCAGCGGGAAGCUGGCGCUCAGCCUCAUCACAAACACAGCACUAGCUUUCGGGGCUGACUUAAUAUGCAAGAUGGAAAUGAAAGGGGAUGGCGCUCAGUGGUACAACCUCGCUACAAAAAUAAAUGCCGAUGAUGACUUAACUUUGGCUCAUAUAAUAGGAAUGUUUUUAUUUAGUGCUUUUCUGUAUGGCCUUGUGGCCUGGUACAUAGAUGCUGUCUUUCCAGGGAACUAUGGCGUACCUAAGCCCUGGAACUUUUUCCUGCAGAAAACCUACUGGUUUGGAGAACCUUCCUUAAGCAAGGAAGAGAGCCAAGUCACUGAUGUACCCUCAAAUGAUUUUAUUGAGCCUGAACCUGUUGGCUUAGAGGCUGGCAUCCAGAUUCAACAUUUGUACAAGAAAUUCACAUUAAAAAAUAAUACCCUGAUGGCAGUAAAAGACUUGUCUUUGAACCUGUACGAGGGGCAGAUCACCGUUCUUCUGGGACAUAACGGGGCAGGAAAGACCACUACCUUAUCCAUCCUCACAGGUUUGUAUCUUCCUACCAGAGGAAAGGUCUACAUUGGUGGAUAUGACAUCUCAACUGACAUGGUUCAAGUUAGGAAAAGCUUGGGCUUGUGUCCCCAGGAUGACCUGUUGUUCCCGAUGAUGACUGUGUCAGAACACCUUGAUUUCUACUGUAUGAUAAAAGGAAUGCCUUCAAAUAAAAGAUCCAGAGAAAUUCGUAGGAUGCUCACUGCUUUUGACCUGCUGCAUAAAAGUGAUACAAUGACCAAGAAUUUGAGUGGAGGGAUGAAGCGCAAACUCUCAAUCAUCAUAGCUCUUAUAGGGGACACCAAGGUGGUGAUACUUGAUGAGCCAACAUCUGGCAUGGAUCCAGUCUCAAGGAGGGCCACCUGGGACUUACUUCAGCAAUAUAAAGAGAACCGUACCAUUUUGCUGACCACACACCACAUGGACGAAGCUGAUGUGCUUGGUGACCGCAUUGCCAUCCUAGUCAUGGGGACCCUGAAGUGCUGUGGCUCUUCACUUUUCCUGAAGAAAUUAUAUGGUGUGGGAUAUCACCUAGUCAUGGUGAAGACUCUUGAAUGUGAUGUUGAAAAAAUCUCCGAGUUGAUUAAGAAUUACAUACCAACUGCUGAGAUGGAGAUGAACGUUGCAGCUGAAUUGUCAUUUAUCCUGCCAAAGGAGUACACACACAGGUUUUCAGAACUUUUCGCAGAAAUAGAAAAAAGACAAGAAGAGCUCGGUAUCAUUGGCUUUGGUGUCUCCAUGACUACAAUGGAUGAGGUUUUUUUCAAGGUCAGUAAUCUGGAAGACUUGAAGCUGAAUACUGAGUCUACCUAUCCGACUUCCACAAAGGAGCAAAGCACAAAUAAUGACAACCAGAAUAUGAAUGUACCCAGAAAUUUUGAUAGAAAAAAUUAUCCAAGAAGAUCCUAUGAUUCUUCAUUCAAUACUGGGUGGGUUCUCUACGCCCAGCAGUUCCGAGCCAUGCUCAUCAAAAGGGCAGUGUUCUCUUGGCGCAACUGGAAACUGCUGCUUUUGCAGUUGCUGGCACUUCUGGGUCUCAUGUAUCUUCUGAUGAGAGGCAUAAGCUUCUCAACGACUCGAGAACCUGCCAGGGUAAUGGAUUUGGAGCAGUACAUGGAGACCAUUGUACCCUUCUCAAUUUCAGGAGAUCCUGAUUUGACCCAGAAUCUCACCAAAAAUCUUGAGAUCAUGUUAAAGGCUAAAAAACAAGAACUUCAUGAAGUACAAGGUGAUGUCCAGAGCUACUUGCUGAAAAAUAAAAAAUGCAUUUACUCAUGCAUCAUUGCAUUCUCCCUUACCGUUACCAGAGACAAAAAGGAGUUUACCUUCUGGUUCAACAACGAGGCGUACCAUUCACCGCCACUAUCCUUGUCGGUCUUAGACAAUAUUAUAUUUAUGUCUCUCUCUGGCCCGGAUGCCACCAUUACUGUCUCCAACAAGCCUCAGCCUCGACGUGUCACUGAGAACAAAUAUGAAAAGGAAUCUACUUUGGCACUUCAGAUAGUCUUUAGCUUGAUGUUUGGGAUGAGUAUUUUCACCAGUGGCUUUUGCCUUAUGACAGUGACUGAGCGAGUUAGUAAAGCAAAGCACAUCCAGUUUGUGAGUGGGGUCUACACCUUUAAUUUUUGGCUCUCAGCUCUGCUAUGGGAUCUCAUCAUCCAUUUUGUUGCCUGUGUUCUACUGCUGCUGGUGUUCCUAAUCACUGAUGUGGACAUACUGUUGGAGAAGUACAAUUUCCUGGACACGAUGCUCAUCCUCAUGCUCUUUGGAUGGUCUGUCAUCCCCUUCAUCUACCUGCUGAGUUUCUGGUACAAUAGUAGCACCAGCGCCUAUAUCAAGAUCUUCGUCUUCAACCACUGUUUAGGGUUUAUGAGUUUAAUUGUGGAUGCUGUGGUAAACAUCAUCCCAGACAUCAGCACCAGUACUAAGAACUUCAUACUUGACUCGCUGCUGUUAUUACCCAUUUAUAACCUUGGGAUGGGCAUCUACAAAUACUAUAACAUCCAAGAGUUGAAGAGACUAUGUACUUAUCCGAAUAUGCUAUGCCUUUCAUUUUUUGCCGUGAAAUUGGGUGGAAAGAGUUACUUUGGUAGUGAGAGGAAGAACGCAAGCUCAGUGAAGAGGCAGAGGGGAGUGAAGGCAGGGAUCUCCAACUCAAGCACCUGGGUGACAUCUCUUUCUGCUAACAUUCUUGUGUUGGUCUUCUCGCCAUCAGUUGAUACUCCUGUAUACAGUAUGAACCAAAUCGCAAUUGGAAAAAAUUUGAUUGCCAUGGCUGCCACAGGAGUGACUUACUUCUUCCUCAUUGUCCUUCUGGAGCUUACCUCAUGGAAUUUAAAAGCAUUUGUAUAUCGCUAUGUUUUCUUUGGAAUUUAUAAGAUAUUUAGUAAGGCUAGACUGUCCAGAGAGUUAUCCACGGAAUCUGAAGAUGAAGAUGUGCAAAAUGAAAGGGAAGCCAUCCUGCAGCAUCCUCACAAGUCCCUGAGUUCCACUGUGCUCAUUAAAGAGCUUGUAAAGAUAUAUUUUAAAGUGCCACCCAUUCUGGCUGUGAGAAAUAUCUCUGUCACCAUCCAAAAGGAGGAGUGUUUUGGAUUGCUUGGACUAAAUGGAGCUGGAAAAACUACUACCUUUGAAAUUCUGACUGGAGAAGAGGUUGCUACGUCUGGGGAUGUGUUCAUUGAAGGCUACAGCAUCACCGAAAAUAUCCGAAAGGUAAGGUCAAAAAUUGGCUAUUGUCCACAAUUUGAUGCUUUGCUGGAGUUCAUGACCCCUCGGGAGAUCUUGACAAUGUAUGCCAGGGUGUGGGGGCUUCCAGAGAACAGUAUUAGUCCCUAUGUGGACAACUUGUUGGAAAUGCUGUACCUGCAACCACAAGCCGAGAAGUUUAUUUACACCUUGAGUGGAGGAAACAAACGCAGGGUGAGCACCGCUGUUGCCAUAAUGGGGAAGUCGUCCGUAGUCUUCCUAGAUGAACCGUCCACUGGCAUGGACCCAUUAGCCCGGCGCAUGCUCUGGAACACAGUGAUAAGGACACGAGAGAGUGGCAAGGUCAUCAUCAUAACCUCUCACAGUAUGGAGGAGUGUGAAGCUCUCUGUACCAGGCUAGCCAUCAUGGUGCAGGGAAAGUUCGUGUGCCUGGGGAGCCCUCAGCAUCUCAAGAACAAAUUUGGCAAUGUUUACAUAAUGAAUGCCAAGUUCAAAACUGGCACUGAUGACAAUGUAAUAAAGGAUUUUGAAGGAUUUAUUGCCCAGGUUUUCCCAGGUAGUCAGCUGAAGCAAGAGAAUCAAGGGAUCCUUAAUUACUACAUUCCCAUCAAGGACAACACCUGGGGAAAGGUGUUUGGCAUUCUGGAGAAAGCAAAAGAGCAAUACAAUUUAGAAGACUAUUCCAUCAGUCAGAUCACCCUGGAGCAAGUCUUCCUGACCUUUGCCAAACUAGAUAACCCAGAAAGUGAUUAUGCAAAAGCAAAAGCGGUGCCUUGAGAUUCAGUUACAGCCAGCAAUUAGGAUGUCUUCAUUCAACUGUACUUGGGUCUG